CGAGUUACUCCCAAUCAAGCUCAUGAAUCGCUCGCAGCCUGAUACAUAAAGGCUGAUGGGUCUAUUCCAUUCUCUCUUUGUCCUUUUCUCAGCCGAUCAUGAACCGUCUCGCGUUGGUUACGCUUUCGGCCAUUCUCGUGCUGCCCGGUUUAGUCCAUUGCGCGACACAGCAGGUCUUCCAAUAUCUUGCAUCCCCAACCGUGAAGUUAGAUGAUGCGACAUUCACCGGAAUAUUCGAUGGUGAUACGGCGCAAUUCUUGGGCAUUCCAUUUGCCAAACCCCCUAUCGGAAACCUUCGCUUCCAAGUCCCUCAACCUGUGCCUCCUUAUGAGGGUUCACACACUGCUGUAGCCUAUGGUCCGGCCUGCCCUCAAAUGGAGUUGAUACAGGUAGGGAUACUCGAAAUACCCCCCAAGUUAUCGACAAGCGAAGAUUGUCUUACGCUCAAUGUAUUCACACCUGCCGUCAUGCUCCCUGGAUCAAAACUGCCAGUAGUCGUGUUUAUAUUCCCUGGUGGUUUUGAAAUCGGGAGUAGUCAAUCAGUGUUCGGUAAUAUUACAGUCAGCAGGUCAUCGCAAAUGCAUGAACCAGUUAUCUAUGUUAGCAUGAAUUAUCGGUUGGGCGCUUGGGGAUUCCUAGCGAGUGAAGAAGUUAAACAGGCUGGCACUGGAAACUUGGGUCUCCGAGAUCAGCGACUUGCGCUUCACUGGGUCCAAAAAUAUAUCAGCUCGUUUGGCGGAGAUCCAGCAAAGGUAACCAUAUGGGGCGAAAGUGCCGGAGCGAUAUCUGUUUCUCUCCAGAUGCUCGCUUAUGAUGGUGACAAUGAGGGUCUCUUUCGCGCGGCAUUUAUGCAAUCAGGAUCCCCGAUACCUGUGGGCGAUAUCACCAAUGGUCAACAGUAUUAUGACUUUCUUGUUGAUGAAACAGGUUGCAAGGGGUCGCUCGAUACAUUGGAAUGCUUGCGAGGAGUACCCCAGGAAACUCUGCAAGCUGCAGUGGAUGAAACGCCAUCGAUGCUUUCUUACCAGGCACUUGUCUUUGCUUGGAUGCCAAGGGUGGAUGGAAUAUUUUUGACGGACAACUUCCAGCGCCUCGUCCAACAGGGGAAAAUUGCAAAUGUACCUUUUAUCACAGGUAACUGCGAUGACGAGGGAACGAUUUUCUCCAUGAGUAGCACUAACAUCACAACAAGCGAGCAAUUUAGGGGGUAUUUGAAAACGUAUUGGGCGGGCAAUGCAACAGACGAGGAGAUCGACGGAAUACUACUCAUGUAUCCUCAAGACCCAACGACUGGAUCUCCAUUUGGGACUGGAACCCUCAACCAGCUGAGCCCACAGUUCAAGCGUAUAGCUGCUUUCCAGGGAGACUUUAUGUUCCAAGCUCCGAGGCGGUUUCUUUUACAUGAGCGGUCGGGGAAACAAAAGAUAUGGACCUUUCUGAGCAAAGGUCUAAAGGCAAUUCCGUUUCUAGGCGCGUUUCACAGCUCCGACUUCGUUGACGAGAUGUUGGGCAGGCCAGGGAACAUGUUGGACCACUUGAUCAAAUUUGCAGCACAUCUCGAUCCCAAUUUGGAUCUCGGUAGUAGUAUUUUCUGGCCGGAAUACACUGUUGAAUCGCAGGACAUGCUGAUGUUUGGGGAAUGGAUUUUGUCUCCACGCACCAUUAUCCAGGACACAUACAGGAAGGAGCCGAUGGAGUAUUUGACAAAUUUCACUCUGGCUCACCCUCUUUAGUACUUGCAACAUCUCUCCGUGUUUGACAGUGUUUUACUCAAGUGUACGGACUAACCAGUGGUUGUCCCAUGUAGUUUUAUUACCAUUAGCGUGCAGGUUGAAGUGGCCUCAAGUUGUAAUAUAUUGAUCUGGUCAUUGACGUUCAAUGUUAAACCUUGUCAACUC